AUGAGCGACCUGCACCACACGACGGUCCAGGGACUGCCGCCUCAGCAGAUUCUUCAGGGCUACCCGCAGCACUUCGGCCCCGCCUUCGGACCGGCUUUCGGACCCACGUACCGGACGCCUCCGGCCUUCGGGUAUCCGAUUCCGUACGCCAUGGCUCCGGGCGCCCAGCUGCAGUACUACCGGAGCCCCGCAGCCUUCCUGGGAUCGACGGGCUCGUGGAGCAACGUCAACUCGGCGGCCGAGGACGGCAAGGAGACAGACGACGAGACGCACAAGUCGCAACGCCAUUCCACGCUUGAUAGUCGCCGGAUCAAGCGCAGCCAGAGCUGCAUGCACGACCCCAUCGUGCAUCCUGAUUCGUCUACCGUCAAAACGAAGAGUAGAGCGAGAACGGGUAGCCUGCCCCAAGCCAACAUCCCUGCAGCCGCCGUCGAACGAGAGCCAAACAGGACGUCGACGACACCUUCACGCAAGGAAGCUACCGUCGCCGCCGCCACUAACUUCCCCAGAAUCGAACAUUCCGAAACGAACGACAGGCUGGAGUCGCGCCUCAACGGGAACGCCAGCGAAUGUCCGAAGCCCACCGUCGCCUCGCAGGCAUCCGGAGACGGCAACCAGGCGACUCAGGGAACCAAGUCAACGCACACUCCAGAAGCCGAAAGACCCAAGUGGGAUCCGACAAAAGCGUGGCGAUGCGAGCACUGCACCUUCAUCAACGAACCGGGGUCCAGGAUCUGCCUGAUCUGCUGCAAGACCACCUUCAGGGAAGAGUCGCCUGCGCCUGCGUCGGAUGACGAGUCACAACGUCAGAAGAAGAGGGCCGACUUUCAGGACACACUCGCGGACAAAGACAUCGAAGUGGUCACGAACGGGACAGCGGCUGGACCCGCGUCAGUGCAAGGGACUGAACAGAAGCUUCAGCAGAGGACGGAGCCGGUGUCGACGGAAGGAAAGAGCGCAGAUAGUCAGACACCCUUCAGCGACGACUUUAUCAAGGAGCAGCAGGAGGUAGAAAAGGAAAUACGGCGAAGACUUGAAAUCCAGAUGAGGAUCGACGAAGAGAACCGAAAGUUGGAGGGCACAGUGGAAGAAACCAAGACCGUUCAACACUUCCAAGCCGACAGCGCGGAAACCGAGAGUUCAAGCGUUCCGCCGCAGGCGUUGCUGCAGACACCAACAACUGCGGCAGCGGACACACCGCUCGCCACGCCGAAGCCCCAAGCAGAAGCCGGGACCACCGAUCAGACGACCAUCUAUCGGUCCACGGUGCAACAGUCCCAUUCCUCCAGUCAGACCGUGACGUCCGACGAGAUUAAAAUGCGCGAGGUGUCGCCAACGCAAACGACGCCGGCAGAGGUAACUCAAGCCGUGCGGCCCAAGGUUCUCUACAAGGCUUCAGUGGGCACGGACACUGAAGACUUUGUGGACUCAACGUCGUCGGACACGCAGCAGCCUCAGGACAAGAGACGUCGCACAUUCGCGGCGGCCAAGUCCCAGUCCCUCGAUCCACCGAGACCGCCGGCCUACCUGGGCAAGGUGGGACAACAGGCCCCGAGAGGAACGCGCAUUAGUAAUCUCAUAAGGUCAGUACGCAACCUAUAA